CAGCUCGGGGUCUGGAAGGAUUCAAGGAUUCAUCCCAGCCGUGGUGGGGGCUCAGCUGGGGUGGACCCUGCUCCUCCCCACCAGGCAGCCAGUCCCAGCUCCAGUGUUUAUGAUGGGCACUGUGAUGUUCAAUGUUAUUUUGGGAUUGUGUUAAAAACCAGCAUUUUGGGCAAACUCACUUCCUCCAGCCCCAGGCAAGGGGCAGGAAUGAAAAUACCCAUCCCAGUAGGAUUAAAUGGUCCCACGUGGGCUUUUGAACAUUUUUCCAUCAUCCUGGGUAAGGCAAAAUCCUCGGGAUGAUAGAAAAUCCCAGGACAUCCCAGGGGAAUCUGUGCUGGACCCCCCCAUCCCCCUGGGGCUGAGCUUUGGGGUGAUUCAAUCCUGGCUGCAGCAGCUCCCACUUGCACACAGACACCUUGUUUACUUUCCAUGCUCGUUAUUUAUUCCAGGAAAUUAUUAAAGCAGCCCACGCUGGAACCGAAUUUGGCAUAAAAUAAAUUUAAAAAAAAAUUAUAUAAAAAAAUCAAGGGGUUGGCAAAAGCCGAUUGUUUACAGAUUCUGCUUAUAGCCCCCAUCACCCCCAGCCCUGCUGUGAGCCACCGGGCUCGCUGCUUUUGGGGGGCUUUGCAGGGUUUUGAGGGGAUUUGCAGCAGUUUGAGGAAUUUGGGAAUGUUGGCUGAUCAGGGAGGUUUAUCAAUGGACAGAGGAGCCAGCAGCUCCAGGGAUGGGUGUGGAUUCCUGCCUGGACCCCCCCCAAAUCUCACCCCGCGGCUCUCAGAUUCAUUUAGUAGGAAAUCGGCGCUCGGGGGGCGAUGGGGUCGGGGCUGUGCUUUCUCCCAUCGCCGUUCGCCGGCGCUCGGCAGCCACCGGGAAUGGGAACAGAGGGAUCUUUGUGGCCCGGCCACCCCCGAGCCAGCGCCGGCACAACGGUGCCUCUUGUCACCGCUGGGCACGGUCCCCUCGGGGACAGCGCUGUCCCCUGCCCGCGGGAUGCUCGGAGACAGGCUGUCCUGCAGCUCCUUUGUGCCUCUGCUGUGGGGUUGAGGAUGCUGGCGGGGCUUUGGGGUGGGCACGGGGUUUUUUUGGGAGGUAAUGGCCAGGGCUGGGGGAUGUUGAGCUGGCACAGCAGCGGGAAUCGUCUCCGCCGUUCCUGUUUGACAGCCGGGGAAACUCUGAGCUCCUGUUCCCCAAGCCCAGAGCAGAGCCCAGGGCGGUGCUCGAUGCUCUCAGGUUUCCAAAUGAGCGGUGCCCACCUGCAGAGAGGCAGGAAUGUUUUGGGAAUGUGUCACCCUGGGGCCACGCGGAGCUGAGCUGAGCUAGGGGGUCCCUACAGAAAGCCCAAAUCAGUGGGAUUCCAGUCCCUGUCCCAAAAACCAGCAUUGGCAGGGGAUGUCCAGGGUGGACCUCUCCCCUUGGAGCUGUGAUGGAAACACCCGAGGAAGAGCAUUGGGAUUAACUGUGCUGGCACCUCCCCUGGAGCACCGGGAUGAGCUGCAGGAGGACAGAGGGAUUUGUCCUCCUGAAGAUCCCUGAGGAUGGACACCAGGAUUAGCCCUGGUGCAGAUCCCUGAGGAUGGACACCAGGAUUAGCCCUGGUGCAGAUCCCUGAGGAUGGACACCAGGAUUAGCCCUGGUGCAGAUCCCUGAGGACACGUUUUGGGAUUAUCCAUGGUGCAAAAGUGCUCAAGGAUGAGUGUUGGGUUUAACUAUGGUGAAACUCCCCAGGGAAACCACCAGGAUUUCCUGCCACAUAAAAUCCCCGAGGGUAAAGUCUGGAAUUUCCCGUGGUGCAAACUCCAGAGGAUGAUGGCUGCUCCAGCAGACACUUUGCCCUCUCCAGCAGGACCUUUGGAGCCCUCGCAGCCCCACAGGGCCCUCUGCCCUGCCCUGGCACCAGGGGAUGUUCCCACCCAGCUCACACAGCAUUCCCUGGAGAAGAUUUGUGUGUAUCCAUGCUCCUGGAAAACUUCACACCUUCCCCCAGGGCUGCAGGCACAGGAUAUGGUUUUGUGUCCAUCCAGCACAAAACCAGCCAGGCCUGGCACUGCAGCUCCAGCUGAGGUUUGUCCCUUGUGUAAGGGACACAGAGCUCUGUGAUUUACAAGAAGUGACAAAUCUCACUGCUGGGGACCUCGCACAAGGGCUCAGGCACCUCCCCACGCCCCGUGGGUGACUCGGAGUGGAAGUGACAGCUGGUGUGGGGAAACCCCCAGAGCGUGGAGGGGCCAGGGGCAGCUCCUGGUGCUGUCAAAGGGUUGCUCUGCACAAACUUGGCCUGAUGGCUCAGCCACUGCCAUCAUCACUGUGCCACCGUCAUCAUCACUGUUAUCACUGUGCCACUGCUGUCAUCAUCAUGCCACUGCUGUCAUCAUCAUGCCACUGCCAUCGUUCCUGUGCCACCACUCUCAUUCUUGGAGAGCCGCCCUCCACCUCACCUGAGUGGAAAAAGCUCCCUCAGUGUCCCCUGAGCAUCCAGACAGGACCGGGGAGGGCGUUCCUGGCACAGGGCUCCAAGCCGAAGCUGCUCGUCGCCUGCUCCGCUGUGCAGGAGGUGCGGAGGUGCACACGCCUCGAGAUGCCCGAUAACCUCCACACCUUUGUCCUCAAGGUCACCAAUGCCACCGACAUCCUGUUUGAGGCAGGGGAUGAGCAGCAGCUCAGCUGCUGGACGGCCGAGAUCCGGGAGUGUGUGCGCAGGGGCAGGUCUGACACGGGUGACCCUGAGCUCCUGACGUGCCGACACCCCGACCCUACAGCCGCCAGCCCCACCACCAGCACCGACCCCCUCAGCCAAGGGGCGACGCCGGGGGGCCCGGGGGAGGCGGCGGGGCCGAAGAUGGAGCAGUUCCUCUCCUCCUGCCCCUGGUUCCACGGGCCCAUCUCCCGGGUGAAGGCGGCUCAGCUGGUGCAGCUGGGGGGGCUGGAGGGCCACGGCGUGUUCCUGGUGCGGCAGAGCGAGACGCGACGCGGCGAGUACGUGCUCACCUUCAACUUCCAGGGCAGAGCGAAGCUCCUGGCUCCAGCACCACGGUCCCCCUCCCCUUGCCCUUUCCCGGUUGGAACCCCGAGUUCAGCCUCAUCCCCACCGGCUCCUCCUGCCCACACGGCCCCGAUGAGCCCCCCGGGGGUCCCCCAGCGGAGCAGAUCUUCCACCUGGUGCCACCACCGGCCGAGCUGGCUCAGAACCUGCGCCCGGCCAGGGCCACCACGGCCACCACGGCCCGGCCCCGCGACUCGGACUAUGAGGUGGAGGCACCGGGCCGGGGCCAUGUCCGUGCCAUCGAUAACCAGUACACGCCGCUCUGACCAGCACGGCGCCGGCACUGGGAUGCACUUUCGGGUGGAGAAAUCCUGGAGACCUUCUGGGGGAUCCAUCGAGAGAAAGAAUGUACCUGUUUCUUCCUUCUGGUUAGGGAUUAUUAUUGUAUUUUUGCAAAGGAAGGGGGUAAUUUUUCACUCCUGUACGGGUGUGCUCCCUCUCGUGGGCCUGUUAAAGGGCCUCUUAUUGUUAUUUUUGUUGUUCUUAUCGAAGCUUUUUCAUUACUGUUUACACAACGCCGCUCGUGCCUGCGCCGGGCCCGGUGUCCUGCCUGUCCCUGACACGACAGAGCCCAGCCAAGGAACCAGGGGCUUGUGUUACACCCACGGAAUUGGAGAAAGUUUAAAAACACAACCAGGAUAACAAGAAAAAAAAGGAUUAUAAAUUCAUUGCCAAGUUGCUGCUCCAGGCCUCGUCCUCCCGUCCCGGCUGCUGAACCCACCAGCAAAGCCCGACCUGAGCUGAGCUCCCACAAAGGGUGAUGAGCAGGGUUUGGGGUUUUUUCUUAGCUAAAGCAAAAACUGGCUUUUUCUUGCUUUUCCUUUUUAACCCAGCACAGCCGUGGCCGCUCCCUGCGCCAGCCAGAGGGAUCCUCACCCUGCUGUCCCGGCUGAUUGAGACUCAACACUAAUUGCUCCAUCCUCAGCCAUGGCACCAGCCGAGAACUAACACAGAGACUGACACAAACCACUCCUGCUGGUGAGGGAGGGGUUUAUCCCGUUCUGUCCUGGUGAUGGAUGUGUUCUGUCCCGGUGGUGGAGGCUUUUUUAUCCCUGUGGUGGAUGGGUUUUUAUCCCGGUGAUGGAAGCGUUUCAUCCCAGUGAUUUUAGGCACAAAUCUUAAAGUCAGUUUUCCCCCUAAAGAACCCCCCUACUCUUGCUUGCCUUUUU